UCUUCCUCCGUCCGUCCGUCCGUGAGCGAACUAACGAGGGGCAGCCGGAGAGCGGCCUUGCCUUCGGAGUUCGUCUUUCCCCUCAGCCUGCCGCAGCUGCGCCCGGUCAUGAGUCCCGCUCGGCGCUGGAGUGCGGGCCUGCGGUGCGGCUGGCGCUGCUGAGCCUCCGCCUUUUCCUUCAUCGUCCGGGCGGGGACCCCCCCCCCCUCACGGCUGCCGCCAUGUUGGGCCGGGAGCCACUGCGGGGCCGUUGCUGAGCCCCGGCCGAGCCAGGGGAGCGAGAUCGACGCCCGGGACGAGGACUCCGCCGCCGCCGAGGAGGAGGAGCGGCCGGCGCCAUGGCGGAGCAGACCUACUCUUGGGCUUAUUCCCUUGUGGAUUCCAGCCAAGUGUCUACGUUCCUAAUUUCCAUUCUCCUCAUAGUUUACGGCAGCUUCAGGUCCCUUAACAUGGACUUUGAGAAUCAAGACAAAGAAAAAGACAGCAGCAGCUCAGCUGGGCCUUUCAAUGGCAACAGCACAAAUAACAGUAUCCAGACUAUUGAUUCAACACAGGCGCUGUUCCUUCCAAUUGGUGCAUCUGUAUCCCUCCUAGUAAUGUUCUUCUUCUUCGACUCAGUUCAAGUUGUCUUUACCAUAUGUACAGCAGUCCUUGCAACAAUAGCCUUCGCUUUCCUUCUGCUCCCAAUGUGCCAGUAUUUAACACGACCUUGUUCACCUCAAAACAAGAUUUCCUUUGGCUGCUGUGGACGUUUCACUGCUGCUGAGCUGCUCUCCUUCUCUCUCUCUGUUAUGCUUGUCCUUAUCUGGGUCUUAACUGGUCAUUGGCUCCUCAUGGAUGCUCUGGCUAUGGGCCUGUGUGUUGCUAUGAUUGCCUUUGUCCGGUUGCCGAGCCUCAAGGUUUCCUGUCUGUUGCUCUCAGGAUUAUUAAUUUAUGAUGUCUUUUGGGUCUUCUUCUCUGCCUACAUCUUCAACAGCAAUGUUAUGGUGAAAGUAGCCACACAACCUGCUGAUAACCCCCUAGAUGUUUUAUCCCGGAAGCUGCACCUUGGGCCAAAUGUAGGUCGAGAUGUCCCUCGCUUGUCACUGCCUGGCAAACUUGUCUUUCCAAGUUCUACAGGCAGCCACUUCUCCAUGCUGGGAAUUGGCGAUAUUGUGAUGCCAGGCCUCCUGCUCUGCUUUGUGCUACGUUAUGACAACUAUAAGAAACAAGCCAACAGUGACUCCUGUGGUACACCAGGACCAGGCAACAUCUCUGGUCGCAUGCAAAAAGUCUCCUAUUUUCACUGCACGCUUAUUGGAUACUUUGUAGGUCUUUUAACAGCAACAGUUGCUUCUCGCAUUCACCGGGCAGCCCAGCCUGCACUGCUCUACUUGGUACCCUUCACCUUAUUGCCACUCCUCACCAUGGCCUAUUUAAAGGGUGAUCUGCGUCGCAUGUGGUCUGAACCAUUCCACUCCAAGUCUAGCAGUUCACGUUUCUUGGAGGUAUGAUGGAACAGAUGGAAAGUGACCAGAACUUCUGCCUUGGUCCUUUUUUUGGCUUGCAGCUCGAUCAUCUCCUGAAGAUGAGCUGGUAUUUGGGAGAAUUAUCAACUGAUGGAACUUGUACAAAUGGACAUGCUGUGUCAAAGGAGAUGAGAGCGAGGGGUCUGGAAGGCUCCCCUGUCUGUGUGGAACUGGGGACACGUCUUUGCAAUGGCAGCCACUUUCAUCUUCCUUUCCCCCUUCUCUUUUAUGGAUUUGCAGCUGACCCUCCUUGGAGAGGAGGAGACAGACUUUACAGAGAAAAUGGUGCAGAAUUAUUAAGGAACUUGUGAACACUAAAAGGAAAAUGGUCACAGAGACCGGAGUUUGUUGGAGAACCCCAAAAACUACCUUGGGACCAGUUUUCUGCCUGACUUCAGUUUCAAAAAGAACUAAGACAGAAGUUUUUCUGUCACUGUAACUUUUUUGGGGGGGAUUUAUAUAAUAUUUUCUGUGGUGUGAGGUGACUUAUUAAAUCCACAGACAUUGAGUGACUUCUUACAGUAAACAACAUAAAGACUUUGUUGUAAUGAGUUACAUUUCCACCCAGAUGUCAUAUUGCAGUGAACAAGGGCACGACUUUUAUACCCACAUGCAUACGCACACAAGCACAUGCAUACAUACACACACACACUCUCUCUCUCACACACACAUACACACACGUUAUAGACCUAUAUAUAUAUAUGAAUAAAUGCAAAGGAAAAACCUGCUAGGAUCAUGCUUUGUAGCAGACAGGGGCUUGCUGUAAUUUUUAGCAUGUAGAGCAGUUUACUAUGGCUUUCUUGUAUAUGGAUCUGCAAAUAUGCUGCUGUCUCUCCCCCUUUCCCCUCCAUGAGUGAACCUUCAGUUAAAAACCAGUGUAGUAUUUUGUACUGAAUGUGCUCCUGGAAUUUAGGGGAUUAUUUGAUUUCAAUCAAUGUAGCAAACCUAGGGGAGGGGGAAAAAAGCUAAAGCCGUUUACCUCCUCUCCCCACGCCUGCCCCCCUUUUGUUUGUGGGUAUUUUUACAACUUCUCCAUUACCGGUUUUUAGUAGCUCCCUUCUUGACCCAAUGCAUGUAUUAUAGCAGCUGUUGUCUUUGUGCGUUCGGAUCAUAGUAAUGUAUGACUUGUAAAUACAUUUUUUUCUAUUUUCUAUUUUUUUGUAUUUUUUUUGAAUUUUAUUUCAUUAGUGUGCUGUAUUUUCCCCCCUCCCCCUCCCCUUUUUUUAAAAAAAAAGAGAGAGAGAAAGAGAAAACCCUGUCCUCUGCUGUUGUGAUUGGUCAAAGUUUGUGUUGACUGCUUUGUACCUGGGAGUCUGUUAAAACGUGGACUUUUUAAAAACAAA